GGAAGUGAUGGUUUCGAAAGCCAAUCAGAAAUCGAAGGUGGGACUUCCGGCGGAGGCAGGGGAACUGACCCAACACAGUGUCUAGAGUAGGGGAGACCCAAAUCGGACAGUAGCCAUGCCGCACAACUUCAAGCCGGGAGAUUUGGUGUUCGCAAAGAUGAAGGGAUACCCACACUGGCCUGCGAGGAUUGAUGAUGUCAAAGAUGGGGCUGUGAAACCUCCUCCAAAUAAAUGUCCAAUAUUCUUUUAUGGAACCCAUGAGACGGCUUUUUUGGCACCCAAGGAUCUUUUUCCAUAUGAUAAAUAUAAAGAUAAGUAUGGCAAACCAAACAAAAGGAAAGGAUUUAAUGAAGGUCUCUGGGAAAUCCAGAAUAACCCACAAGCCAGCUAUAGCUUGCCUCCUGCAUCUGUCAGCUCUUCAGACAGUGAUGUUCCUGAGGAGAAGUCAACAGCCAGGAGUGAUGAGGAAGAAAAGCAGGAAGCCAGUCAGCCAAUUCUUCCAACAGCUAGUGUUUCAGCUAGUGAUGAAGAAGGAAGCGAAAAGGAAGGACUAAAAAGAAAAGAACGUAUAACAACGGCUCCAAGUGCCAAACGUACAAAACAUUCGUCCAGUGAGCAGGAACCAGACAGUGCAUCAAGCUCUAAGGAGGAGAAUUCAGACAGCGACCAGGACUUCACCCCAGAAAAAAACACUCCUCGAAUUCAGCGAAGGAUUACAAAUGUAGGGGAAAAAAAUAAGGUUUUGGCAGAGUCUGAAUCUGACUCCAAAUCUGAGUCAGAAGAUGAAAAAAAGGAACUGAAAAAAUCACCUUCUUCCUCCUCUGCAUCUUCCCCUUCUUUGUCAUCCUCUGAUUCUGAGACACCUGUAAAGAAGACCCCAAGGGGACGUCGACCUGCAGAGAAACCUGCACCUAAACCACGUGGCCGAGGACGCAAAGCAGAGCCCAUCCCUUCAAGUGACAGCAGCGACAGUGACAGUUCAGUAGAUCGGAUAAGUGAGUGGAAAAAGAGAGAUGAGGAGAGAAAAAGGGAGUUGGAAGAGCGUAGAAAGAAAGAACAGGAAGAACAAUUGCGGCGGCUGCGUGAAGAAGAAAGGGAGGAGGAUGAGAAAAAGAAAAGGGAGAAAGCUGAAAAAGGUGACAAAAGUGACUCUGACAGUGACAGCAGCAAGAGUGAAGUCACAGCACCUCCAAAACCAAGAAAGAGUUCAUCCUCUUCUGACUCUGAAGAAGACAAGAAGCAAGUGAAAGAAGUGAAGCCUGUAGCAUCUGAAAUUAAAAAGGGCAAAAAGGACAAAGUCAGGGCGAUUUCUGAUGAUUCUGACAGUGACAAGAAGGUAAAGAAAACAAUAAAGAAACCGAGGCCUGCUGAAAGUGCAAGAAAAACAAACCAGAAGGAAAAACGUGGAGAAAGACCAAGGGGAAGACCAUCUAAAGUGGAGAAGGAGAAAAAGAAACCAGAGAUGAUAAACUCCCGAAGAGUGGUGAAAAAAGAGCCUACAGUGGAAGAAAGACUUCAAAAGCUUCAUAGUGAGAUCAAAUUUGCACUGAAAGUGGACAAUCCUGACAUUAAGAAAUGCCUAGAUGCUUUAGAAGAACUAGGAGGACUACAGGUGACAUCUCAGAUCUUGCAGAAAAACACAGAUGUGGUGGCCACACUUAAGAAGAUCCGGCGCUACAAAGCAAAUCAGCGUGUUAUGGACAAAGCUGCUGAGGUUUAUUCCCGAAUUAAAGCUCGUAUCCUAGGCCCCAAGUCGGAGUCUCAACAGAAAAUAGCAGAAAAGGUCAACACUGCAGAGAAAGGCCCAGAGGAUGAAAACCAGACUGGCAAGGCUGGAGAAGAUAUGGAUGCUUCAAUGAAUGGAGACUUUCUGUCUCAGAGGACUGAAACUGCUGGUGAUAAAGAGCAAGAGCUGGAAGGGCUGAACCUAGACAACAAAGCAGAGAUGGAGACAAAACAAAACAACCAUGCUGAACAUAACAAUAACCCUACAGAAGAAACCUUUGAACCCAGACCCAUUUCUUCAGAGAACCAAAAUAGCUGAAGAGCUGUAUUGCACCUUGAUUUAAUCUCCGUUACUGCUGCAGCUGUUCUGUUCAGUAGUUUAAUGAAUUGCAGCUGUAAUGUUUCCCCACCCCUUAGUGGUCAGUUUGUAUCUGUUCAUUUGGCUGUUUUUGUUUCUUUCAGUUGAUUUCCUAUGUGAUGAAUUGGCAAGAAAUGACUAUAAAAGGGUUUUUAUAAAUAAACAAUAAUUAAUGUA